AUGAGGUUGACUCUACUAGCGGUAUCUGCUGCGCUUGCGAGCGCACUAUCACAAGAAAUACCUUGGUCACCCCCUGGACCUGAUGAUGUGCGCAGUCCGUGCCCCGUGCUGAAUGCACUUGCCAAUCAUAACAUCCUCCAACACGAUGGGAAAGAUAUCACGCAGCAAGAUACAUUUCGCGCCAUGGACGCGUUGCAUGUAGAUAAAGGGCUUUCCGACAUACUCUUCGCAGCAGCGUUGAAGACUAACCUAACACCCAAUGCCACCACAUUUUCUCUUGACGAUUUGGAUCAUCACAACAUCAUCGAGCAUGAUGGCAGUCUGAGCCGUGGAGACUUCUACUUCGGAGACAACCAUUCCUUCAACCAGACCCUCUUCGACCAAGCGAAGUCAUACUGGACCGAACCCUUAAUCGAUCUCCACGCAGGAGCGAGAGCCCGUCUCGCACGGAUCAACACGUCCAAGGCUACCAACCCUACAUUUGACCUCUCCGGGUCACGCCUUCGCUUUAGCUAUGCACAGACAGCCACGUACCUCCUUGUAUUCGGCGACAAGGUCUCGGCGACUGUCAACACAUCUUGGAUCGAGUAUCUUUUCGAAAAAGAACGGCUUCCCGUCGAGCUCGGGUGGGAAAAGAGGAAAAACCUCAUAACGACAGCCGAUCUUGAUAAUAUGAUCGAAAGGUUUAUGGAAGCUACUCGGGAAGUUGAGAACUCACAGGAGGCAUGA